ACAGAGAUAGAGAAUUUCUUUUGUUUGUGUGUUCGUGUCUCUGCCAUUUAUUUCUACACCCACAUCUUUCUCUCUCUCUCUCUCUCAACGGUUCUUUAUCACAUUUGCCUCUGCCCGUGACCCUUCUCCUUUCCCGUCAGAUACUAAUCCUUUCUUACACUUUCUUCUGCAACCUUUUCCCAAUUUCAUCUCUUUAUAAACUGUUACUCAAUCACUUCCUUAUAGGGUAACUCUUGCUUUCCCAAUUCUGUUCAUUUCUCGGGUAACGUUUCUAGUUAGCACAAAUUGUCUUGAUGAAUUGAGGUUUUACCUUAGGAACUUUUGGUCCAGAAAUGAGUUAUGAAUUUUGCUUAAAAGAUACGUCCAUACAUACAAAUAUUGCUUUUCUUUCUCCCUUUUUAUAGGGUUCUAGGAAAUUCAUCCCUUUCUUUUUAUAUAAUAUCAACUCUUGGCCUUUUCUCCUUUCUUUUCUAUGCCUCAGUAUACUUCUUGAUUUGUAUUUUUUUUAGAGGUUUAGGGUUUAGGGUUUUUCUAUUCUCUACUGUGUACUCUUUCGAUUCCCAAUUCUCACUUCAAAAAUUGCCUCUUAAUUCUAUUUCAGUCUCCAAUUUUAGCUCAACUGUGAAAUGGGGUUCUUCCCUAUUCUGUGUCCUCUCUGAAUUUGACUGAAACUAUUUUUUUUUCUUCUGGCGUUGUUGAUAUUCAUUUCCAAAUGUCUUCUCCUUGUUUAAGUGGAGGUGGUAGAGCCUAUGGGUUCGAUUUAGAAAUAGUGAAAUCCCCAUCAACAUCAACAAGAACUUCACACACAUCAUCUCCAUCUUCAACUCUCUCUGAAUCUAGCAAUUCGCCAUUGGCUAUCUCCACAAGAAAACCACGUACUCAUCGAAAACGUCCCAACCAAAUCUACAAUGAAGCAGCUGCCCUUCUCUCCACUGCCUAUCCAAAUAUCUUCUCCACCACAAAUCCUCGCAAGUUCACAAAACCUCACCAGGACACUCUUCUUCUUGAUGAGUCCUUAUCCUCCUCCGAAUUGCUCUGGCCUUUUCGGGUUUUCGACGAAGACUCUAGCUUUCUCCUCCAUCAAACUGUUGAAAGUGAAAAACCCAGUUUCCUGAUUGAGCCAAAAAUCUCGAAUUUGAUGAAUUCUUGCGACAAGUACUCUUUCUCUUGUCAGAGUGACUCACAGGGGAAUUCUAUGGAAUUGUGCGAUGGGUACGAGGAGGAUUUGGAUGCCGAGUCGAUCUUAGAUGAAGAAAUUGAAGAGGGAAUUGAUAGUAUCAUGGGGAAUCUAAGCGUGAGUAAGGAUAAGACUGAUGAUGGGUCCAUUAAAGAUGUCAAUUCUUGGUACGGGAAUCCGAUGGGAUUUCAUUUCAGUGGGAAUGGAAUGAGAAAAGGAGUGAGAGCUCUAAGACAUGGACAUGAAUCAAAUUUGUGGAAUUUUCCAAUUGUCGAUAUGCUUCAAAUCUCCCCAAGACUUAGCAGUAACAACAGCAGCAGCAGCAAGAAAAUCACUUCAGAUUUUAAGUCCAAAAAGUGUAAAUCCGAUGAGAAAAAGAAAAAGAAAGUGGUGGAAUUAAAGAAUCUGGAAAUGGCCAAGAAGGAGAGUUCAGUCCCGCAAUCCAGUUCGGGUUUACUAUUGAAAUUAAACUACGACGGCGUUUUGAAUGCUUGGUCGGACAAAGGUUCGCCGUUUUCUGAGGAGAUUUCAGGAUCCGAAGGAGGAAAUGAUGUCUCUGCCAGAUUGGCACAGAUAGAUUUAUUUUCGGAAAAUGGAGGAGUGAGAGAAGCUAGCGUGUUACGCUACAAGGAAAAGCGGCGUACACGUCUCUUCUCAAAGAAGAUCAGGUACCAGGUUAGAAAAGUCAAUGCCGAUCAACGGCCCAGAAUGAAGGGGCGAUUCGUGAGAAGGCCAAAUUCAAGUACAAGUAGUCAAAGAAGAGAAAAAUAACAAUUGUUUUAGGCCAAGAAUAAUCCAGCAACUUUUAUUUCUUUUGCUUUGUUGUUUGAUUAGCACUUUCGGCAUAUGUAUUCAUUUUGUAACCCCAAACACCAUAAACUUGAGGAGAUGGAGAGACUAGUUAAAGAAAAAGAAAUCAUGAGAGAUGGAGCAGGCCUACAAGAUUUUGCCUAUUUGCCCACUAAAUUAUUUUUUUUGUUUGAUAUCCAGAUUUAUAAAGAAUCAAUUUUCUAGUCUAA